UCUUAAGAUGAAUACGUUUCUGCAGCUUAGAUUCGUCAAGUAUAAAUGAAAGGGAUGACGAAGUGCCAACCACCACAGUUAUUGCAUUUUCGAUGAACAAUUCAAUACCUCUUUCUCGAAGAACAAGGUCAAUGAAAGGUGACAAUCAGUUUGGUUCUUAUGGAGUUGGCGAUGGAUCUUAUAGGACUAGUUCUGUUGAUGGGGGUUCAUCAUUUGAUGGCCAUGAUGAAGAUGGUGCUAUGGAAAUACAUGAUGAAGCUGCAUUAGAUGGACAUACUGCACCAAUAAGGGUCAACGGUGGUGAUAAGGAUGUGAAAAUUGUUUCUCGUCAAAUUUCAACUUGGCUUUCAGAUUCCACUCCCGAUGAAUUUGUUGAAGCAAUGAGAAAGAGUGAUGCUCCGCUUCAUGUGAAGUAUUUACAGACCAUGGUUGAGUGCCUCUGCAUGCUUGGCAAAGUUUCAGCUGCUGGUGUUAUAAUAUGCCAAAGAUUGCGUCCUACAAUUCACGACAUUAUCACUGGCAAAAUCAAAGGUUAUGCAGAGCACUUUAGUUGCUCAAGGGCUGGCAUUGGUCAGGCCGCCCAAACUAUUACUACUGGUCUGCAUUAUUUGAAAGGACAUUUGGAGAGCUACCAGUUGCCAAAGCAGAAGCGACAGAAUGGAAUAUCAUUGGCUGGAACGCUAUUGGCUGUCAGCCCUGUCUCACCUGUGAUGGCUCCCAUGGGAACAGCACAGGCUGCAGCAAAGGAACUUCUUAAUUCGAUUUUGGAUGCUGUUGUUCGGAUAUUCGAGAACCAUGUUAUUGUUGGAGAGCUUCUAGAAUCAAAAUCCUCACAACAAAGUGACAUGAACACACCAAAGUCAAUGGCAGAGAUAAAUUGGAACCCUGAUUCCGAUGCGUCUCAUGAUACUGGAGGCUACAGUAUCGGCUUUUCAUUGACAGUUUUGCAGAGUGAAUGCCAACAACUUAUAUGUGAGAUUCUGCGGGCAACUCCUGAAGCUGCAUCUGCAGAUGCUGCUGUACAAACAGCUAGACUUGCAAACAAGGCUCCUUCCAAAGAAAAGAGGCAGGAAACUAAAACUUUAUUUUUCUUUUAUAUUGUGUGCAUACCUUUUUGGCAUUCUUUUCUCUGUGAUUUCCUUCUUUGUAUCUUUGAGGCUCCUCUUUUUUUUUUUUUCUUUUUCUUUUUCUCCUCUCUUGACAAAAUUCUUGUGUUGUGUCUUUUUGAGUAUAUUUUUGUAUAAAAACAGAAAGGUUGG